AUUAGUGUUGGCAUAGAGAGGGCUGUAGGAAGGGAUAGGAGCUCAGAGAAGCACAGUCCUCUUAGAGGGAACAGAAGAAUCAAAUAUGAAUGGGGAUAAUAAUGAAUGGUGGGGGAUAGAAAAAUCAAAUGGGACUAGGAAAGGGCGAUGACUGAAUAACCGAUAGUAAGCAGAAAAGAAACCACACUGAGGAGAAAGGAAAGUUGGAAGUAGAGCGUAAAGGAGGAGGUUGACAAGCAGGGAAGGAGACCCCUCUGGAGGUGGAAAAAGGCAGGACCACUUCCGGCUGGGGAGGGGAAGCCAAUAAGCUCAAACCUAAGGAGAAGCUUGGAGAGAGCGGACGCCUUCUGGACUCCAGAGAACGAGGCCCCUUCCCCUCAGCUCAGCUGUUACUCGGCCUUUCAGAAAAAUUAAUAGGAGAAAUGACUGCGGUUAUAGGAUGCUCCCAUUCCAGGCAAAUAAGUUGGUGAAAUACCUGUUGGUUAAGGACCAGACAAAGAUCCCCAUCAAGCGCUCAGAUAUGCUGAAGGAUGUCAUCCAAGAAUAUGAUGAAUAUUUCCCAGAGAUCAUUGAACGAGCAAGCUACGCUCUGGAGAAGAUGUUUCAAGUCAUUCUGAAGGAAAUUGAUAAGCAAAGUAGAUUGUAUAUUCUCAUCAGCACUCAUGAAUCUUCUGCAGGCAUACUAGGAACGACUAAGGAUUCACCAAAGCUAGGUCUCCUCAUGGUGCUUCUUAGCAUCAUCUUUAUGAAUGGAAAUCGGUCCAGUGAGGCUGUCAUCUGGGAGGUGCUGCGCAAGCUGGGGCUGCACCCUGGGUACGCCAAGGACUGGGCUGCUCAGUGCCAGGAGGCAGUGGAGAUGGAAGUCCAAGCUGCAGCUGUGGCCGUGGCUGAGACUGAGGCAAGGGCUGAGGCAAGAGCCCAAAUGGGGAUUGGAGAGGAAGCUGUGGCUGGGCCCUGGAAUUGGGAUGACAUGGAUAUCGACUGCCUAACAAGGGAAGAGUUAGGCGAUGAUGCUCAGUCCUGGAACAGAUUUUCAUUUGAAAUUGAGACCAGAGCCCAAGAAAAUGCAGAAGCCAGCACCAACAUCGACUUCAGCAGAGGAGUUAGCACCAGGGCUACCUUUAGCGAUAGCGCUUGUAUUAGCUUCAAUGGUGUGCCCAGCCCCAGUGGUGGCUUUGGUGGCAGAGCUGGCACUAGCUUUGGUGGCACACCCAGGACCAGUGCCAGCUUCAGCAGCACAGCCAGCAUUUGCUUUAGUGGCAUACCCAGCACUAGCACUAGUUUCAGUGGUGCAGCCAGCAUUAGCUUCAGUGGUGCAGCGAGCACCAGCUCUAGUUUCAACAGUGAAGCCUGCAUUAGCUUUGGUGGCACACCUUGUACCAGUGCUGGCUUUGGUGGUGGGGUCAGCUCCAGUUUCAGCAUCCCACUCAGCAGCAGUCCUGGUUUCAGUGGUGGAGCCAGCUCUGGCUUUGGAGGCACACUCAGCACCACUGCUGGUUUCAGUGGUGCACUCAUUACCAGUAGCAGCUUUGGCAGUCUACCCCGAACUAGCACAGUCUUUAGUGGGGCACUUAGCACCAGCACUGGAUUUGGUGGCACACUGAGCACUAGUGUCUGCUUUGGUGGCUCUCCCAGCUCCGGUGCCAGCUUCGGUGGCACACUUAAUACCAGUAUCUGCUUUGGCAGCUCUCCUAGCACUACCAAUGGUUUUGAUGGAGUACUCAGCACCAGUGUCUCCUUUGGUGGUUCUUCCAGCACCAGCGCUGACUUUGGUGGCACACUAAGCACCAGUAUCUGCUUUGGUGGCUCUCCCAGCACUGGUGCCAGCUUUGGUGGUGCAUUCAGCACCAGUGUUGGUUUUGGUGGUGCACUUAACACCAGUGCUGGUUUUAACAGCACUAGUGCUAUUAGCACUAGUGCCAGCUUCAGCAGUACACCCAGCACCAUCUCUGGCUUUGGCAGUGUGUUCAGCACCAGUGCCGACUUCAGUGGGGCACUUACCACCACUACUGACUUUGGCAUUACUCCCAGUACCAACAUUGGCUUUGGUGGAGUUCCUAGCACCAGCCUCUGCUUUGGCAGUGUGUCUAACGCCAACCUAUGCUUUGGCGGCCCUCCUAGCACUAGCGCCUGCUUUAGUGGUCCUACCACUGCUAGUUUUGGUGAUGGAUCCAGUACCACUGCUGGUUUCAUCUUUGGCAGUGGGUUGAACAGCAGUGCUGGAUUUAGUGGUGGACUGAGCACUAGUGCUGGCUUCAGUAGUGGACUAGGGACCAGUGCUAUCUUUGGUAGUGGACUGAGCACCAGUGCUGGCUUUGGUGGUGGACUGAUCUCAAGCGAUGGCUUUGGUGAUGGACUGGGCACCAAUGCUGGUUUUAGCAGCACACUUGGCACAAGUGCUGGCUUUAGUGGUGGCCUCAGCAUCAGUGAUGGCUUUGGUGCUGGGUUUAAUAACAGCUUCAACGGAGGACCAAGUACCAUCAUUGGCUUUGGCAGUGGUUCCAACACCAGCACAGGCUUUAUUGGCGAACCCUGCACCAGCACCAGCUUCAAUGGUGGACCCAGUUCUAUCAUUGGCUUCAGCAGUGGACCAAGCACAGGUGCUGGCUUCAGCAGUGGACCAAGCAGUGGUGCUGGCUUUGGCGGUGGACCAAGAAAUGGUGCUGGCUUUGGUGGUGGAGCCACCAGCCUUGGUGCCUGUAGCUUCUCCUAUGGCUAGUGAGGUUUCAGGUUUAUUUCCCAGGUUUACAGAUAUGGCUAAUGAAUUGCAGCAGUUCUUCCCAAGGAACCAAGGUACAUCCUUGGAAUUUUUGCCCACACAGCAAUAUAAGCAGAUAUUAUCAAUCAGCUGAGGGUGACACGCUAUGAAAAAUCUGCUUGGUGAUCCUACUUUGUUGUUUGCUUCUUGUGUGCUGUCAUAUUUUCAUAACAGAGUUACAUUAAAUUUGCAAGAUGAA